AUGGAUGUAAUUUGUCAAUAUUGCAAUGCAAUGAAAUUCAAAGGAGAAUCUGCUGGUAUGUGUUGUUCAAAUGGAACUUUUCGUAUUCCCAAUAUCGAUGAACCACCAGAACCAAUGAAAACUCUUUUGGAAAGUUCAACAAAUAUUUCAAAACACUUUUUAGAAAAUAUUACUAAAUAUAACAAUGCAUUUCAUAUGACGUCAUUUGGAGCAGCAGAAACUAUUGUGGAAAAUUAUAUGCCUACAUUUAAAAUAAGAGGUCAAGUAUAUCAUUUAGCCGGAUCGUUGAUGCCUUUACCAAAUACAAAUCAUAAAUAUUUACAAGUUUAUUUUAUGGAUGACGAAGAGGAACAAAUUGAUGCUCGAAUGGGUAUUUGCAGUGGAUUGAAUAAAGAUAUUAUAAGAGAUUUGCAAUUAUUGUUACAUAAUAUCAAUCCUUUAAUUACGAAGUUCAAAACUGCAUUGGAUCAUAUGCCCACUGAUCAAUACCGAAUAGUCAUAAAUGCAAAUAUGGUUCCUCAAGGUCAACAUAGAGGUAGAUUUAAUGCACCAACUCAAGUAGAAAUGGCUGUAGUAAUGAUUGGAGAAGAAUAUGGAAAUCGUGAUAUAGUUUUAUCUAGAAAAGAUGAAAAGUUACAACGAAUAAGUGAAACUCAUAGGUCUUACGAUUCUCUUGAAUAUCCACUGAUAUUUCUACACGGUGAAGAUGGUUAUGCUAUUGAUAUUUUGUCAUUUAAUGUUAAUUUAAAUGAAUACAAUAGUCAUAAAACUAUCUCUUCAAAACAGUUUUAUGCGUAUAGGCUGAUGGUGAGGCAUGAUAUCUACAAUCAUUUACAUAAUUAUAGACAACUUAUUAAUAAAUAUUGGGUUGAUAUGUAUGCCAAAAUAGAAUCAGAACGACUUUUAUUUAUACGGAAUAAUCAGUCAAAAUUAAGAGCGGAAGAUUACAUUCAUUUACGUGAUGCUAUAGAAAAUGAUGGUCAUGUGAAUGACAUUGGACAACUUUUUAUUUUACCUUCUUCAUUUACAGGAGGUCCAAGAUACAUGCACGAAAAAACGAUGGAUGCCAUGACUUACGUUUGUAAUUUUGGAACUCCAAAUUUGUUCAUUACAUUUACAUGUAAUCCAAAUUGGAUGGAAAUAAAAAGAGAACUCAAACAUGGUCAAACUGCACAAGACAGACACGAUAUUAUCGCUAGAUGGCAAAAACGAGGUCUUCCUCAUGCUCAUUUACUGGUUUGGUUAGUUGAUAAAAUUAGACCAAAUGAUGUCGAUGAUAUAAUAAGUGCUGAGUUACCAAACCCCGAAAUAGAUCCUGAAUUAUUUGAAAUAGUUAAAAAACACAUGGUACAUGGGCCAUGUGGUCAUAUGAAUCCAAAUUCUCCAUGUAUGGGAGAAAACCAAAAAUGUUCAAAAAGGUAA